GGCUGUAGACAUUAAAGAAAAGGGAGGCUUUAAGGAGAAGAAAUGCUGACAUGUUGGAGUUACGGAAACAGGCCAGAGAAACCUCCUCUCCCCACUCUCCUGUGUCAGACAGAAGGUUAAAAGUCAGGUUUAGGACACCUUCUUUGUCUCCUAAGAAAACCAUUACAGUUCCAAAAAGAGAUCUCAUUUCCAUCCCCAAAGAGUCAUGGGGAGCAGAAAAACCUGAGAGUGACCUGGACUCCUCACGGCUCGACGGAAGCUCCGAGGCAGACUCACAACUCAAACAGGGACUAGAGGACGGACAGGAAGUCAAGGAAUCCGAGUCUGAACAUAGUAAGAAAGGAGACUCCCUGGACGGAACAGAAAAGUUGUCUUCCCAUCAUAGCUCCACCUCACUUCCUCCCGUUUCCAUGGAAACAACAGAAAAAGAUGGAGAUGAUGAAGUAUUUGAGGAAGCUAAGGUGCCAACACCACAUCCAGAAACACCCCAGCCUGAAAUAGAAAACAUGUCGCCUGUGCAAUCUCCUGUUGAAACAGCAUCAGUUAAGUCACCAGUUGAAGAUGAGCCUGUUGAAAAUGAACCGAUUGAUAAUGAGCCAGUUGAACCACUGGUUCCACCUAUAGCUUCUCCAGACUCUGAAUCAGAAACUGACAGAGGUAGCUCAUGUGUUGUGUUGAGCACGAAAUGUCACUGUGGUUCACCCAUUACAUAUGCAAACAGUCACUAGUUUUCCUGUGUCGUGUAUAUAUGUAGAAUCACUGGCUCACCCUUUUCAUUUGUAUACAUGUACAACCACUGGUCUACCCAAUUUUUAUGUAUGUAUGCAAUCACUCCAUGGUCCACCCUUUUCAUAUGU